GUUGUCGCUGUUUAGUGUUGUCAUUUCCAAACAUGUUCAUCAUGUUCGAAGCAAAUAAUUUUAUAUUUUAUCCCAGUAAUUGACGUGUGUCACGAUGAGUAACUUUUGUAGAGAGGUCAUCACUCUUCAGCUGGGACAUUAUUCAAACUUUGUCGGGACUCACUGGUGGAAUUUACAGGAUGCCUCUUUAUCAUACGAUCCAGAGACGCCGCCAGGUGAGAUCCAGAGCGAUGUCAUUUUUCGUGAAGGACAGACCCUGGGCGGACACAUCACCCACACACCUCGCCUCAUUGCCAUGGACCUCAAAGGAAGUCUUCGGACUCUGCGGCAGGAGGGAAGUUUGUAUGACUCCGGCAAAGACACCUCAGCUGUCACAUGGGAGGGAAACCUCAUGAUGCACAAAGAAAGUCCUCCUGAGAAGAACUCCUUUCUUGAAGAUCUGGAUAAGUUGGAUAGAGGGGAGAUCUUAGCAGAAGCAGAUUUCUACUCCAGUUCUCAGCCUCACUGCUCAGCAGCAGGUGCAGUGAGUGUGGACACCGUCAACAGCCAGCUGGCUCGAGUCCAGAGAAGCUACCGGCUGGAGGGCAGCGUGAGGGUCUGGUCCGACUUCCUCAGGAUCCACCUGCACCCUCGCACCAUCUCCGUCAUCCACCAGUACAACCAUGACGG